UUACGAUAGAUUUGCGGCUGGUGCUCUGCCUAGUCCCGCAGAUAAGUACCUGGUUAAGGAAUUUGUUGUUGCUACACCUCUCUCUCGCCCCCCUCCACUAUUAUACGCCGACAUUGAACGAAAGAACGGAUCAUCGGAGGAUAGGAGUUGGCCUGCGCACAGUGAUGGUUGCGAUAUCUUUACUUUCCUAAAACGGCCCAUCAUCGCAACUGGACAGAGUAGUUUUAGUAGACAUGGCGGAAGAGAGCAAUCGAGAUCAAUCUCAGCCGCGGCACGAUAGUGGCAAACUGCGAGACAAGGGAGGAGCGGGAAACAUCGCGUCGUCCCCGUCCCCCCCCUUCCCCCCACAAACACAACCACCACCGUUGCCGCCGCCGCCGCCGACGCCCACCGCAAUGCCAGGCCCAGCAGGAGGACCCCCGCAGUAUCUCCGCAGCCGCACAGGAUGCUGGACGUGCCGCUUCCGAAAGAAGAAAUGCGACGAAGUGCGGCCUGUGUGUAAUCAGUGUUGUGCGCUGCGGAUACAGUGCGACGAGGCGACUGAGCCCCAACCGGCGUAUAUGAAGGAUCCGGAGAAGGCGCGGCAGAAGAAGGUUGAGAUCAAGACACAGAUGGGGAAGAGGAAGAGGAGGCGGAGGAGGAAGAUGGAUAUGGCGACGGGCGCGGAGGGGAAGGGGAAGGCGAAAAAGGAGGUGGUGGUGGAAAUGGACGAUGAGGGCGACAGCGUGGCCACCGCUUCUGCUACAGCAGAGCCGAACGAGGAUAAGGGAGAGGGCUGGGACGAGGUGAAGCAGGAGCCGCCUCAGACUUUGGACGAGAAUGAGGAGGAUGAGGAGGAGGACGGCGCAUGGGAGGAUGAAGACGACGAGGAGGGUUUCCCGGUACUCGACGCGAGCAGUUCGGAACCUUCCAAUCCCGGGACCAUUGGACUCGCCAGACGACCGUCGGCAACAAGCUCAACAGUCACCGUCCGCUCACCGUCACCACUAAAGGAAGAGACGCGCAGCGAACGCAGUUUAAGCCGACGCCUAUCAUCGCCGCCCGAGAACCGACUGAUACCCACGCAAUCGCUGGAUCCGUUCCUGGUCUCCUUCAUCCCUUUCAAAAACCGCCGCGAGAUCCGACUGUUGAAACACUACAUCUAUGAUGUGUGCGCCUACACGUACCGCGGCAUGCCCGAGUCCGAGAUUUCCCGACUCAUACAGUUUGUUUUGGUCCCGCGCUGCCAGAUGAACAGGACAUUCCUAUAUGCGUGCAUCAACAGCGGAUUGCUACACCUCUCCAACGUAGCGCGGGCUCAGAACUCCAGCCACGAGGUGUUACGAUUGCAGACGGAGAUCGCGGAGUACAACGUGUUGGUCUUUCAAGGGCUGACCAAAGAGCUCGAGGCCGGACCAACAGGCGAUACCCUGGCCAACAUCUUGGGCGUUCUAAAUUUCGAGAUCAACGCUGCUCAUCAGUCAUGGGAAAUACACGUGAGCGCCGCCGCCGAGUUGCUCGUGAAACUAGGUUACAUCGAGAACCCCUCACAAACCCCCAGCAGCACGUUCCAAACCAAACGAGUAAUCUGGCUGGACAUAAUGGCAGCCUGCACACGGGGCAGCGCGCCCCGCCUGUGGGCCAACCACCGCCAAUUCCUCUCCCGCCCCCCAAAACAGCUGCAUGCCCUCCGCCUCCAAUCUCUCACUGGAGUCGCAGACGAGGUGCUCUACCUCCUCUCGGAGGCGCUCUGCCUGGAACAGCUCAGCCAAUCCCCAGGCCUAAACAUGACAUGGUGGAACCGGUGGGCAACGGAAGUCGACGAGCGCCUAGUGCGAGCAUACCCCGCGCGGUUCCUGCCGACAUCGCAACCCCCGCGCACCGGCGCGCGCAGUCCGCCGCCGCCGCCGCCGCCGGCAAAGCCGUCGGCCGCGCUCGCGGUGAUAUCGUACCCGUCGCCGUCGUGCACGCCCGAGCCGGAGCCGCUGUCGUACGGCGUGCUGCUGCUGCCGCACGAGGCCAUCACGGCCGCGUUCGUCCUCGCCACUAGGAUACAUAUCUGGAGUAUCAGCCUCGGCUUUCGCCCGCACCUGGAGCUGUUCCGCGGGUUCGUAAGCGAGCUGGUUGCGGUGAUAGAGACGAUACCGACUGGAUCCAUAGGCUGCGAUCGCUGCAUCGUUUGGCCACUGCUCGUGGGCGGGUCGCUCGCCGAGACGAGGGAGCAUAGGGACUUCUUUGUGCGCCGGGUCCAGCAUCUAGAGCCAUAUGGCGUCCUGAGCUUUGCCGAGAGGAUACUCCGCGAGGUGUGGGACGUCAGGGACCACCUGGAUAUGCAGUUUGGGAAGGGCGAGAGGGAGGUGCAUUGGAGGAAGGCGAUGAAGGAUUGUGGUUGUCAGGUGCUGAUGGGGUAGGGUGGUAUGUAAUUCUAGCAUAUCAUGUACAUAGUGGUGUGGAUUGGAAUUUGGGAGGCGUUCUUGUUUACUUGUUGUCUGCUUUGGUGAUUGGUUCUGUUGCAUCGCAUCGCACAGGUGAGGGGAGGUUGGAGGGUUGGAUAUAGUUAAUCGAAUGCAUGCGGGGAGAGGGUGGCUUCAUAUCUCUACUAUAGGACUGUUCUCUGCAGCGGGG